AUGACCGACCCAACAACAGAAAUCGACGUCGAUAUCGACGUCCAAGAAAUCCUCCUCGCCGCCUCCCAACACGACAUCCCCAAACUCCGCCAACUUAUACGCUCAAACCAGACAAUCGCAAACCCUGUCAACGUCAGAGACCCCGAAACUGGGUAUGCGCCAUUGCAUGCGGCAAUUGCGGCCUGUGAACCUGACGACGACGAGCCGAACGGCGUCCAGACCAACGGGGAGCAGAAAGAUGAGCAGAAGAGCCUUGAGGAGAAGGGCUCGGCGACUGUGAGGUUUUUGCUCCAGGAGGGUGCGAUUUGGAACGAUCUUGAUAAUAAUAAUGAGACACCUGGGUGUGUUGCUAGGCGGUUGGGGUUGAGGGAGUUGUAUGAACAGCUUGUUGAUGCCGGUGUGCGGGCGGAGUUGCUUUUGAAUCGGUUGGAUGGGUAUGAGGAGCUUGAGGAUGAUGAUGAGGAAGAGGAGGAGGGACAGGAAGAGAAGGCUGAGGCUGAGGCUGGCGCUGAGGAGGUGGAGGUGGAGGGGGAAUCUGCUCCCCAGUUGGUUGAGGCGGCUACCACUACUGAAACGGCUAUGGAGACGGGUCCCGAUGUCACCAAUUCUCGGUAUCUUGAUUCCAAUUUGACUUUCCAGAAUGACCGCUUGCUAGACCAGGAUCAGAACGGUGUUAUGAUGGCUUGGGAGACGGAUAUCAUGGCCAAGUCGGCGAUGAAGCUACUGCCUACGCCAGGACUGCGUGUUCUGAAUGUCGGACAUGGUAUGGGUAUUGUGGAUGGGUUCAUCCAGGAGCAGUCGCCUGCGGAGCACCAUAUCAUUGAAGCGCACCCGGAGGUUGUCGCCGAGAUGAAGCGGAAGGGCUGGGGUGAGAAGCCGGGUGUCACGAUCCACGAGGGCCGGUGGCAGGAUAUUCUCCCUGACUUGGUCGGACAGGGAGUUAUGUUUGAUGCCAUCUACUACGAUACAUUUGCCGAGUCGUACGGCGACUUCCGGGAGUUUUUCAGUGAGCAGGUUAUUGGACUGCUUGAGCAAGAAGGGAAGUGGAGUUUCUUCAACGGCAUGGGAGCUGACCGGCAAAUCAGCUACGAUGUCUACCAGAAAGUGGCUGAGAUGGACCUGAUGGAUGCUGGGUUCGAUGUUGAAUGGGAAGAGAUUGCGCUGCCUAAGCUGGAUAGCGAAUGGGAUGGCGUGCGCAGAGCAUACUGGCAGAUUGAAAGCUACCGUCCACCUCAGCUGGUAUUCUUCACCUCUCAAACCCAUCUCAUUCCCCUCCCCAAAGCCAGCGACUUCAAAAAUUACAUCUAUAGCCCCUUAGAAGAAAACACAAUGUCCAUCUCCCCAAUCCACUACAUCCCCCCAAGCAGGGGCCCCCAAAUCCUCUCUACAAAAAUCCACCGCAUAAUCGCAAGCCCCCACGUCCAAGUGCCUGUCGAAACAACCAAGAGAACAAACCACUGGUGUCUCUACCUCUCCACGUCAGAGACUACAUGCGUCACCCUGGAUUGUCAGCCCAGUCAUACUGUGCCUAGUAGUGUUUUGGUUGGCGGGUCGAAAGCGUAUGUUAUUUUGUCUGAGUUGAGUGCUCCUGCGGGACAGGAUGCGUUGCUUGAAUUUGCGGUUGGGAUGGAUGUUAGGGCUGGGGUGAAGGUAGGGGAUGUGGUGGAUGUUUUGGUGGAGGGUGGGAGGGAGAGAUAUGAGUUUGAUGCUGAUGGGGUGGGGUGUCGGUUUUGGGUGACUGAGGUGUUGGAGUUGUUGCUUAGGGUUGGGGUUCUUCUGGAUGGGCAGCAGGUUGAAGGGGCGAAGGGGAUGGUGAAGAGGUUGUGGCCUGAAGGGACGGGCCUGGAGUUGGAUCGGGGGGUGUAUUACUAG